GAAGAAUCAGAUUAUUAUUCACAAACGGUUAAUUUCUGACAGUUAUUUCCGGCAAUCCAACAAGAUGAAAGAGCAUCAAAAUAAAUCCAAUCCAAUUCGAAUUGAAACGUCCAAUAUAAUCGAUAAAGACUGCAAGAAUGUUUCUUCUCCCACAGAUAACAUCGAUAACACUGAACAAAACGUACGUUUAUCCUCCACCAAUACAUCUCCCAAAAUAUCCUCGUCAGAUAAAUCGACGAGUAACAAAAAGAAGAAAAGUAAAGAAGACCAAGAUUCUAAUUUUAUUGAACGAACACAUACAAAUUGCAUAAAAGAUGCCCCCCAACGGCAAAAACACUCAAUCGAAGUAAACGAGUCUAAUGAGUGUCUGGAGAGGAAUGUCAAACAGCUCAAACCCAAGAAGGCCUCCACCAGCCCGGUGAUGGUCUGCAUACUUUGCAACAAGAAAUUCCGUUCACGAAAGAGCUACUGGGCCCACGUACGCACGCACUCGGAUGAGAAAUCGUAUACGUGCCACGUCUGCGGGAAGCAAUUUGUCCAGGGCGGUAGUCUGUAUUAUCACUUGAAGCACGUGCACGACGGCGUGAAGAAUCAUAGUUGCGACAUAUGCGGCCGCAGCUUCGCCAUGAAGACCGCCAUGGAGGACCAUCGCCGCAUCCACACCGGUGAACGCCCGUACGUGUGCCACACCUGCGGCAAGACGUUCAAGACCAAGGCGUCUCUGUACAUACACGGCAAGACCCAUACCGACGAGUUCCCGCACAAGUGCAUCUAUUGCCCCAAGAGAUUCCGCUGGAAACAACAAAUGCUCGGGCACCUGACGGUGCACACCGGCGAGAAGAAUCACACGUGCGACGUAUGCGGCAAGGGUUUCGGCGUGAAGAACGACCUGACCAGGCACAAACGCGUCCACUCCGAGGAAAAGCCGUACAUGUGUAAGCAAUGCGGCAUCAGUUUCGGUCAAAAACGUUAUCUCAAAAGUCACGAACGUUUAAAGUUAGGAACCUGCGGCCAUUCGCGGAGUUCGACUCGAGUCGAGUUCGAGUUAAUCUCCACGAAUUCAAAUUAAAUUUGAAUUAGUGGACAAUACAAAAUUGUUAAUGAAAGGUUGUUAAUAAUAAGCUGCUUAAAAAAUUUAUGAUAAUUUAAAAAAAAAUCGCACAAACGUACUUGAGACUACGGGGUAGUUCGUUAUUAAUGGGAGGAAAGGUAAAAAUUCUAAAUAAAAAGAUAUAAAGUAAAAUUAUGUUUAAAUAAGA